CUCAGCAUCGAUUCCAUCUUCUAGAAAUCCUUCCUUCUUUUUUUUUUUUUCUCGAUGGUAUUACCGAUCAGAGGAGGAUAGAGAAAGUGAAGAUGUUCUUUUUCUUCGUAGGAGGGCUAGAGCAGCAGGCCGGGCGGGUGCUGAAGGAAGCGGCGGGGCGUUGCAUCCGAUGCGGGGGCAUAGCCGAUCUGGUGGAUUACGAGAAGGUACUUAAGCUAUUCUUCGUCCCCGUUUGGCGAUGGUCGGGCAAACAACCAGCCUUCUAUUGCCGCAACUGCUCCUUGCUCUUCCCCCAAUCACUCCCAAUCAACGGAGAUACUUCGGACAACGAAAUUUUCGGUGGCGACCAGAGCUCAUUCCCAUCCCUUACCGGUAAUCUCCUCUGCCACUCAUGCUCCCGCCCCGUUGACCCCCAAUUCCGCUUCUGCCCCUACUGCGGUUUCGCCCUCUAAAAACGGUGCAGAUUAGGAUUUUGGGUUUUAGGGAUGGAUCGAAAUCUAUUACCGGUGUGAAAUGCAAUUAAAUCAAAUACUGAGGCUUUGUGAUGUGACGAAUAAGUAUAUAAGUUCAACUUUUGUGAAAAUGUACAAGUCAUCUCAGCCUGUUUGUGAGCUAGUAAAAAAAUUGUGCUUUUGCUGCUAAAUGAUAGUCCGGAAUGAGGAAUCAGCUUCCAGGAUAUGAACUAUUGAUAUAGAUUUCUAAGGAUCUCAGUCAUUUCCUUCUAUGUUGUGAUAAUAGUUAUUUUUGCUAGACUCCUCAAUUUCCUUUUUCUUAUUGUUUAA